UGUCAACCUCUCUAUCUCUCGUUCUUUAUUUCUUUGCUUGCUUCAUCGUUCUCUCUUGUUCUUUGUUCUCCUCAACUUUCUCCAGACUUUGGCUAAAAUAAAUCUUAGCUUGAAAAAGGAAGAGAGCAGAUAUAGUUAUAAUUUCCAAGAAAUAUUGAAGGAAUGGCCAAAAUUACUAAUAGAUUUGGAGGACAUGAUAUGUUAGCACCCUUCACUGCUGGGUGGCAGAGUGAUAUGGGUCCUUUAAUUAUAGAAAAGUCGGAGGGUUCCUAUGUUUAUGACAUAAAUGGGAAGAAGUACCUUGAUACUCUAUCUGGUUUGUGGUGCAAUCCCUUAGGGGGAAAUGAGCCUCGUCUUGUUGAAGCUGCAAAUAAACAACUCAACACAUUGCCAUUUUACCAUUCAUUUUGGAAUCGUACAACAAAACCUUCUUUGGAUCUUGCAAAGGAGCUCAUAGAUUUGUUUACUGCAAAUAAAAUGGCGAAAGCUUUUUUCACAAAUAGUGGAUCAGAAGCUAAUGACACUCAGGUGAAGCUAGUUUGGUAUUACAACAAUGCACUUGGGAGGCCAAAGAAGAAGAAAUUUAUUGCUCAAGCACAAGCAUAUCAUGGGACCACUUUCAUUUCCGCAAGUCUCUCUGGUAUUCCUGCACUACAUCACAAAUUCGAUUUGCCAGCUUCAUUUGUUUUGCACACUGACUGCCCUCAUUAUUGGCGAUAUCAUCUGCCAGGUAUUUAUUUAUCCUUAUUUCUUAUUGUACCCUAAUCUUUUGGGAAAACCAGUAAUUUUGGUACAAAUCCAUAUGUUAGAGAAAUUAAUUAAAUUUGUACUAUAAUUAAAUUUAAAACUUAGUUAUUAACACAUGAAAUCGUUAUUAUAAGAUCUAGAACCCAUAAAGUUUAAUCUUGAGUCCAUCUUUGCUGAUCUUUUAUGGUCAGAGGCGAACCUACACUUUGGGUAAGGGGGUCAUCGGCCCGGUAACUUCUGAAAAAAUAUAUGUAUAUAUGUAACAUGUAUAUAUUUUGAUUGGCACCCUAAAACUUAAUGCUUAGGCAGUUGUAUUGGUCGG